AUGACCGACACUCCAAAUUUCUUCUCGCGAAUCCGACCUGAAGGUUCCAUAUACGCGCAGAGGAACAAACAAACUGGAAACUGGUUCCGACACGACGACAACGACGACCUUGACCUUUCAAACUGCCUGACCGUCAGAUCGGUAAGCAACACUCCGAGAAUCAUGUCAUCCCGUCAGCAAAACAAUCGCGACCACCACCACCACCACCAACAACAACAACAAUCUAUAAACGCCGACGCCCAUCAAAAUACCCGUAAACAAUUCAACCUGGCCGAUCAGAGCACGAACUGGUACAACCAUGAGAAGAACAAAAACUACAGACCGCCUUUGAACGUCAGGUUGAGAUCGGAUGAUGCAAAAACUAUUAAACAAAAGCAAGAAACGCAGUCCUACACUUCAAGCAACCACAACAACAACAACAACAGCAACAUCGUCAAUAUUGAUGCGAUCGGGUCUGAUAAUAUAAUUUUUUCGCGUAGUGGAAUAAAUCGAAAUCAAGUUGAACUUAACAGCAACAAAAUCAGAGGGAAGCACCAAACACCGAACUGGUUCACUCACCCAGAGAACGGCGAACUGAACGAGGAAGGCAAACAAGAUGGUGAUGAAGAAGGGGAAUUGGACAAACCUCUCAAAACUCGACUGACAAAUGGUGAUGCACUCGCGUACAAAGAGAGAAACGUCAAUGGUUACGCGGGUGAUUACAUGGUUCAAGAUGAAAAUUUCGCGGAGAAUGAUAAUGUGGAAACAACCGAUUGGAGGCCCGAAUCUCGAGUUGGUGCCCACCCGAGAGCAGAAUCUGACGUGUGGUUCCUCCACGAAGAGCAGUCUGACCACCGACCUCCAACUGCUGCUCGUCCGCUACGCUGUCCAUCAAGGGUCGCCAGAGAAACUUAUGAAAGAUCGCAGGGAAGAGAAAUGCUUAAAAUAUUUCAACACUGCACUAGCACAGACAGUUCAAAUAAAAGUGAAAAUUUAAGUAUUCCUGAUGAUGCUACUUCAAACGUUGAAAGAGUGGAGAACCCCGUCCAGCACAAACACAACGACGGCAGACCUUACAUGAAUGAAGCUCAUCGUAGAAAUGUGGUAGGCAGCAUGAAGUCGGUGCUGAAUCAAAAUGAAAACGACAGCUACGUCGAUAAACCUCACUUCCAGAGAGCCGUCAAGCCGGAAGGAGUUGCAAUCAGUGAGAAGAAUAGAAGAGGAGUCAUGGAUGAGUGCAUGAAGGGAUACUUGGACAAUGCGCCUGCCAAGCAGAUCCACAAAACAGCAAACGUCAGUGAAGACUUCUUAAAAAUGCAGAAAGGUCAAAACAUGGCGUUAGCACUGGUUGGAGAUUUGCCGGCUGCAAAUAAAUUCCAAGCUCUCAGAACCAUUAAACCGGAAGGAUUAGCAAACGCCAAAAGAAACCAAGGAUCGAUAAAGAACGUUUUCAAUAAUUUGACUGCCUCUCAAAAUAAUUUGGAUGACGACAAACAGGUUGGCCAACAACGUCUUAAAUCUCGUGAAGCAAAGGCAAUUGCAAAGCGAUAUCAUUACGGAAGUAUGAAGAGUCUCUUGCGCUGA